CCGUGCGUCUCUGCGCCGAGCGCGGUUGCUAUGGCGCCCGGGUCUCGGUAGGCACCUGUCGUUCCUAGCACGGCGGCUAGGAGAGGAGCGACCUUGGGACCCUCGACGCACCCUCCAAAAGAAGAUUUCCAGCCUGGUUCCUAAGGGUUCUGCCUCAGCCCCAAGGAGGAAAGCACGCGUUCUUCCCUCUUUUCCGCAUUCCAGGUCUCUUCCUCUUCUCUCCACAGUAUGGCCCGAAACUAGAGGAGGAGAGCCCCUCCUGGCGUGGCCUUUCUCGUCCCCGGCUGGAGUGAUUCUGCCUGAAGAAGGAUUCUCCCGUUUCCCCCGGACCCAGCUGUCGCAGACCUUUAGUAUUAGGGUGCUUCUCUUAUUUAGAGUGAGCUUGGACACCCUCAGUGAGUUGGCUAGGCGUUCCUUUUCUAACUUUACAGGUGAGGAGACGCACCCCUGGACAGACUGCACCGGGUCCAGGACGCUACAAAGUCCACGGAGGCACAGCUUUGCCCUGCUUGUAGACCCGCGGACAAAGAACUGCCAUUUUCUGCUUUUUUGGCCGAUGUUCGUCAUGCAUAACCUUGAAUUCCGAUGAAGCUUUGGAGGCCUUUUGUUUCUCAACAUCAGAGAUCAUCAAGUAAAAGUUCAUUUAGAAGACAUACUUCGCCAUCUUGAGAAAGAAGGAAUUGAACCUGGCAACUACAGAAGAAAACUCCAUUUCUCUGGUACUUACUCUAGCACAGUGAAGACAGACUGAGGACUGCUACCAGAAAUGUAGAAGAGCUUACAAGGAAGCACAUGGAAAAAACAAGAGAAGUGGAAAAUUAUGCAAACCAUGUCUGUAACUUAACAGAGGGAAGAGAAGCAUUUUCUCAUGGUUAUGACAAGGAAAACGAACAGCUUAGACACGCGUUUAAAGCACUCCAACUCAAACAGGAUUCUGCACUUGAGAAGGCUCAACUAGAAAUUGAGAAAUUGAAAGAAAAUUUAAUAAAGCUGAAAGAAAAUGAUGCAAUUGACCUACAGAAAGCAAAGGAACAUAAUCAGAGACUGGAUGAGGAAAUUCUGGCUUUAAGAAAUCGGGUUCGAUCGCUUGACUCAGAAAAAAAGGUGCUUGGCGAAAUGGUUGAAAGACUUAAAGGAGAGAUGCAUGAAUCUCAAGAGAAUAAGCAACUUGGAAACCACUCUCCCGAAAGAACUGUAGAUGCUAAACAAAGAGUACAGAAGCAGUUUCAACCUCAAAGGAGUAGUAUUUACUGUUAUAUUCCCAGGACUCUGAGAUAAUAGGGAAGAGGAAAAUAAAAAAUAAAAAUAAAAUAAAAAAAUAAAUAUUCCCAGGACUCAGCAAAGCACCAAGGCAUAUUUUGUACUCAAUAACUGUCUGUUGAAUGAAUGAGUGAAUAUACAAAUCAAUAAGAAGAAAGGUGAUUUUAAAUAUUUGAUAGGAUAAUAAUUUGUUAAAAAUAAUUGAAAGGAAGUAUUGUACACAUGAAACCCUAUAGUUUUUAGAAGGUAAAACUUUUCAUACAAAACAUAAAUAAGAGAGGUAAAAACCUACCUGAUAGGUACAAUGAACACUCAUCAGGUCUUGGGCACACUAAUAACCCUGAUUUAAGCAUUAUAAAAGCUAUCAUGUAAUAAAAAUAUUUAUACCCCCUUAAUAUUUUGAAAAAAAUAAACAAAAGCAGAGUGAAUCUCUCACGCAAAUCUCACUCUUCCAUUCUUCCUUCUGACAUUCUAGGAAAAAGAUAAUGAUGUCCAGUAUUGCCUUUUCUUUUUGUGUCUGGGAAGGAGGGUAAUCAUGGUAGCUAAUCCUUCCACCCCAUUUCUUCCACCCUUUCAAGUGACAACAAAGUCUAGAACAAACUGAUUGCAGGAUAGGAGAGGUGUGAUUGCUCUGAUAAGUUGUCUGCCAAAACAGAAAUAUAUUUCUAGAGACCUUACCUGUGUGAGAAUGGCUUAAAGUCUUUGACUAUUUUUUUUUUUUUGAGAUUGAGUCUUACUCUGCCACCCAAGGUAGAGUGCAGUAGUGUCAUCAUAGCUCACUGUAACCUCAAACUCCUGGGCUCAAGUGACCUUCUUGCUUCAGCCCCGGAGUAGUUGAAACUACAGAUGCACACCACGAUGCUGAUAGAUUUUUCUAUUUUUAGUAGCGAUGGGUCUCGCUCUUG